UGAAUAUCAAAUCGUAGUCCAGGCUAACUUCAAAUCACUUUCACUUUAUUUUAAGCCCUAACGCACCUGUGAAAAGUCGAGCGUCGUAGAGUCACAAAUUCAGCUUAGAGUUUUCAGUUUUCGGCCAGACAUAGGAAUAUUGAACUGAAGCAAUACCGAAAUGGAGGAGUAUUCCCGCGAACCGUGUCCUUUUCGCAUCGUCGACGAUUGCGGCGGAGCCUUUACGAUGGGCUGCUUCGGAGGCGGCCUCUUCCAGGGACUGAAAGGAUUCCGGAAUGCACCUCAAGGGCUUGGACGCCGGUUCGCCGGGGGAUUGGCGGCCGUCAAGGCCAGAUCGCCGACCAUAGGCGGCAACUUCGCCGCCUGGGGCUGCGUCUUCAGCAUCGUCGAUUGCAGCCUGGUGCAUCUGCGCAAGAAGGAGGAUCCGUGGAACUCGAUCAUGAGCGGGGCGAUCGCCGGCGGGAUCCUGUCCGCCCGGAACGGAGUAGCCGCCAUGUUCGGAAGCGCCAUCAUCGGCGGCGUUCUGCUUUCAAUGAUCGAGGGCGUGGGCAUUCUGUUCACCCGCAUCUCCGCCGAGCAGUUCCGCAACCCUGAUCCCCAGACCGAUCUAGCAACAGCAGGCUCGUUUCCAUCUGGUUCCGGAGCGGGAUCUGGCGAUGUCAAUUCGGCACCGGGCUUUGGAUUUCCUGCCGCCCAGCAGGCCAAUGCAACAAGCUAAAUUUCCGUUCAAAUUCUGCCCCUCAAGCCGGAAGUUUCAUGAAUAAUUAUAAUUGCAUUCGCUUUUUGCAUUCGCUCGAUUACUUUGUGUGCGCCUCCCACUGCUCGUAAAAAUCCAAAUUCCAAGCUUAAUAUAUUUCAUAUAUUUAGGCACAUCCAAA